AUGGCCACUCAUACGGCCGGCCUGGUUCUCGACCUAGGCCAUCAGACCGAAGGUGCGCCCGUUCUAAUCCUCUACGAGAGCCUCUACCUGAUCUUCGGGCAAAGGAGUCCAGGUGGAUACCGGGCCGAGGGCUACAGUCGCGUACCUUCGUCCGCUUCCGUCAAUGUCGCCAGCGGCGAUAGCCGACCUACAUCCAAGGCCCGGACGUCUCCGGCAGACGACUUCAUAUUCGGAACCAACCUGGCCGACCUCGCCACCACCUUCGCAUUCAUCCGCGCCGCCGACUAUGCCCCGAGGAUCUGCUGUGACCAGUGCCAUGUUCCCUUUUUGGGCCCAGGUCGAUACAACAUCGCGGACCGGCAACCCGCAGCCAUCUUCAGGGUGCCGUGA